AUGGGUUCUAGAAAAGAAGCACUAAUAGUAGGAUCGUUAUGUGUUCUCUGGUACACUCUAAGUUCAGCCAGUAACGUGGUGGGCAAGUUGGUUUUGACCGAACUGCCCUUUCCCAUGACAGUGACCAUGGUGCAGCUGUCGUCCACAGUGUUAUACAGCAUGCCCGCCUUCGCUGCUUGCGGCAUACGUCGAGCGCCCUCGUUUCCGCGGUCCUACUAUGUUCGUGUGCUGGGGCCCCUUGCUUUAGCCAAAUUUCUUACAACCAUGUUCUCUCAAAUUUCUAUCUGGAAAGUGCCGAUUUCAUAUGCUCACACUGUGAAGGCGACCACUCCUCUAUGGACGGCGGCGCUCGCGUACCUACUUUUCGGCGAGCGGCAAACGCCGGCCGUGCAAGGAUCGCUGCUGCUAAUCGCGGCCGGCGUGGCGGUCGCCUCAGCAACCGAACUUCACUUCGACGCUCAAGGUAUGGGAGCGGCCCUGGCGGCCGCAGCCCUCUUGAGCCUUCAGCAUCUAUACUCCAAGCGAGUCAUGCGCGACUCGGGCGCGCACCACCUCCGCCUGCUGCAGACACUGAGCGCGCUGGCCCUGGUCCCGCUGACUCCUCUCUGGAUGGUCACUGAAGCCAGUGGCCUGUACUCGGCGCGGCCGGCGGCGGGCUGGUCGCACGCGGGCGCGCUGCUGGCGGCGGACGGGGCGCUGGCGUGGUUGCAGGCCGUGGCCGCGUUCAGUGUCCUGUCCCGCGUGUCUCCGCUGGCGUACGCCGUAGCGUCGGCCGCCAAGCGUGCGGCGGUGGUGGCGGCCUCGCUGCUGCUGCUCCGGAACCCCGCGCCUCCCCUCAACCUGGCGGGCAUGGCGCUGGCCGGGCUCGGUGUGCUCGCCUACAAUCGAGCUAAACUGCGCCGCCGCGAGGAAGAAGCCCAGCGUCCACUGCUGCCUGUCUGA